AUUUGAAUUUAAAUACAAAAAUAAUAUAAAUUAAAGCUAGGAGCUGUGAGGAAUGGGCCAGCAGUAAAGCCCCCCCCCCCCCGACCGUCAUCAACACCCGGUACCCCAGGAAUGGGCACCCAAGUUUGGGGAAAAAAAACCUAUAAAUGUAUAUGCUUUUCAUUCGGGGGUAUUUCAGUCCUCUGAGGUCCAUACUAAAUUAAUGAAAAAUAUCAUGCAGCGAUGGAACAAAUGUUAAUUAUUACAUACUACGAGCAUUUGUGAGGAUGGCCAGGGCUAGUUUAGCACAAGUAUAAACACUUAACAAUCAGUCUUUUAAGAUGUUAGUUUUGUCGAAAACCACAGAAACAUUGUUUUUUUUUUUCUGAUAAAAGCAGCAUAUCAUGAUAACAUGUGAUGAUCCUGGCCAAAGGGAACUGAUUGUUCCACACUCACAUUCACCAGCAGCAUGUGAGUGUGGAAAAUGUCAAGACUUGUGUAAUGAUCCGUGGCGGCAUUUUCAGUGCCUUCAAUGCAAUCUUUGCUUUGUGUCUUAAUGAACACGCACUGUUUUAACACUGUCUCUCACACACAUACAUUAUUAUACUGUACUUGUGUUUACACAAACGUAUUCAUUUGAAGUCGUCACGACAAACUGACCAACUGUCUAUUUUUUUAGCGAGUGUCUAAUAAAUUGAUGAUUUCAUGUUACAAAGUCCUUAUCUUUCUCUAUGGGCAUUCUACUUGUCACAGUUCACAUGUGUAUCCGAUGCGAGAGCAGUCUGAACGUUCCAGUCGCGCUCAUCCAACCUUCAUCAUCAAAAGGUGAAAACAGUUACAAUAGUUUGACAAAAUAUACAUGCGCGAAAAACAACGGCAGACCAACAGAAAGCAGUCAGCGGCGAAAAGAGGAUGCUUUGAAACUGAUAAAUAUAUGGGGGAACCAGUCAGCUCCACCACAAAAUCCUUGAAAUUGCCACAAAUGCGUUAUGAGAGGAACACAUGGGACCAUAUUCAAAAUCACAAUUUUCAUCCAUUCAUCUUUCAAGGAAAGAACCCCAUUGGUUUUGAAUGCAAUCUGGCCAUCAUAGUUUGGUUCAAAAGCGAAAUUGAAACAUGUUCGUCUUCACCUCUCCAACCAGUCAUCAAUUUGUAACCUUUGGGUAUUGUUGUGCUACGUCAGAGCAAGAACCCGAUUGGUUAUGACUGAUAAUUGCCAAAAAGAUGCCACAAGUACUUCAGUAAAAAGAGAACUUUGUAAAUGUUCAUUGUCACCUUUCAACUGGUCAAACUUAAUUGUGUUCACACUCUCAGGAAUUGCCGUUUUUUUAACUGAGCAAGAAUAAUAUUGGUUUUGCAUUUUAAGUAGUUUUGAUUUUGUUUUUAGUAAAAAUAUAACAACGUACUUGUGUAUUUGUACAUAGAUCCGAUUUCCGUAUGCGUUGUCCAGUCAAGAUUACCUACUUAUCGGGGUUGUUGCUCUAUAUCGUAAAAAUAAUCCUAUUGGUUUUGUGUGAUGACUGGAGCAAAGAUGGUUGACCCAGUUUUUGUCAAAAGUGAAUCGACAGUUCUUAUCUGAAUUUAAUUUCUCAUUUGAGCGACACGUCGUCAUCUGUCCUUUAACGUGUGCCAAUUGUUCAUUGGCAGAACUGAAAUGUACACAUAGAUCCGAAGCGUGAGUCCAUCUCUGACCCAUUUAUGAGGAGUUUGUGAGACUCAGAUGACCAAUGAGAAGAAUGUUCUCAGAAGAAACAUCCGCAUACGUUCUGUGGAGGCGUGCGUUUGUGUAUGCAUUCUUCAUGGGACAAAAUGCUUACUGUACGGUGUUUCAAUCUCCUUUUUGAGAAAAGCAGCUGAUCUAAAGCACUGCUGUUAUCCCCAAUAAAGCCACGUGAGCUGGCCAUGUAAGUCACAUGCAAACUCGGGGCCCCCGGGGGCCAAAUCGUGCCUGUUUCAGGACGAUUUUAUAGCGACCGAGGCACAGUGGAAGUGUGUAACCGGGCCCCUGAUGAAGAUGAUGAAAAGAGGUGUUGUCCUUCGACUAAGGCGAGGGGCGGGGGUUCCCGUUCACAUGACAUGGCUGUGACCAUGUGCCGGGGCGAAGGCUGUUUGUGGAGUAUGUGCGAGUUGACUGCCGGACUGUUCGAGAGGCAGCAGACCUUCUCUGGCCUCCACCGCAGCAUCCUGGAUGAUGGGAAAUUGAAUAUGAGGAUGUGAGAGCGAGUGUGAGGCGAAAGGGAUCCCCAGACAUUCAAAACAAGAAUUUGCUGGGAUUAUCCGGCGUUGAUCCUCCAUGGGCUCGUGGUUCUCCAAGUUCUGCAUGCAGUGUUGCUGCUGCUUCUGUCCUGCCGACGAUGACGGAGACGACAGCGAGAAGCAGCCCUUAGUGGGGACUCCGGAUCCGUUGGAGUAUUUCAACCGCGAGGUGCAGAAGCGCCGCGAUGAGGAGGCCAACCUAUGGAGCGAGCCGGGGGACCCCAGCCACACUGAGCGGGAUGACGACCGGACGCUUCACGUACUGCUGCAGGCCCGCAACAAGACCCGCAUGGGAUCCACGGGCUACCGCCGCUUGAGCGUGGACAUCGAGGCAAUGCGAGACACGCGUAGGGAAGUCCGGGAUAAGUGGAAAACCAUCCUGGAGAACCUCGGCUUCAUGGCUGAGGCCGACUCGCUUCUGACCGUGUCGGCCGGCGCCUCGCUGGACCGCAUGCGCAACGCUGCCGCCGCGCGCUCUCUGCUGCAGACGCUCCACUCCGAGACGUCGCUCUUCAGCAGCAGGGAACCGCCGCCGGAGAGAUAUCUCUUCAUCCUGGAUCGCUUGCUGUACCUGGACAUCGCCGAAGACUUUGUGUCCAAGGCCAAGCGCUUCUACCCGCCUCGGGACGACUCUGACGAGGACGGCCCAUUAUGCGCCAUCAACCUGCCGCUGCUGCUGGCCCGCGUGGACGCCAUGAAAGGCUGCCCCGACGACGAUAGCGUGGAGAGUGUAGAGAAGCCCUGAACGCCUGCAGUAGCUCCAGACUCCCGGCUGGGGCCGGCAGGCGGCAAGGUUAGCUGUUCUCCGCAAGGUUGUUGAGGACAUCACACAUCACAUGACUAGACAACAAGUUGCCUAUCCAGACUGCUGACUCACUUAAGUAUGUUUGGAGACUAGCAAGCGGUCAAGUGUUUGUCUCAACCCCCUUUUCCAAUCCCCCUUCAGUAACGCUUCUCUCUGUAUGUAUCCUGUCGACAAUGAUAACGAAUAAAGAUGCAAGCCUGCGGACUCAAUCAUGAGUCCGUGUCA